CCGGUGUGUGUUUACAUCGGGCAGGAGGAGCCGGAGACCCAGCGCCGGGGGAGACGGGGACGCAGCCGACGGCGACGGCCGCCAGCCCGCCUUUCAUCCCCGUCGGGCGGUGCUCUGGGAGACGCGGGAUGAAGGGACCUACCUUGGAAACACAGAUGGUGGAAGAUGAAACUGAGACACCAAGUGAAGAACUGCCUCCCCAUCUGCAGGAAGAGCCUCCUGAAGAUGCCAGCAGGGACCAUCCACAGGAGCAGGCAGGGGUGAUUUGGAGGAUGACGGGCGGCCUGUUCAGCAUCACCCGGGGAGCCGUGGGGGCCACGUUGGGAGGAGUUGCCUGGGUGGGCAGCAAGAGCCUGGAGCUCACCAAAACAGCUGUGACCAGUGUCCCCGCUGCUGGCGUCGGACUGCUGAAGGGCAGCGUCACGGCGGUGACCGGGGGUGUGGGAGCCGUGGGCAGCGCGGUCGCCGGCAAAGUCCCUUUCACUGCAAAGAAGAAGGACAAAGCUGACUAAUCCCCACCGCAGCUCUCUUCCAAGAAAAUCGACCUGCCCAUUCUCUACCCCCAACACAGCACCUCUUUGAGUUGGAAGCAGCUGCUUCAGGGAGGGUCAAGCACCCAAGCAGACUCCAGCCGCAGCACCUCCAGUCUGGCUCAGAGCUCACAGAGCCACUGUCAAUGCCUUUCAUUCCCAUCACCUACUGGGAA